ACGCGUGUGGGAAUAUCGAGUUUUCAUUUCUAUUUAGUUUUCCCGUAUUUUCUCGAACCCUAAGCCACCGCAGCAAAUCGUUCCCGACGGCAGGUAGUGUUGUCGGAGCAGGAAGAGGUGAGGGAAAUGACUGGGAUUGGACCCAUUUCACAGGAUUGGGAACCGGUCGUCAUCAGGAAGAAGGCCCCCAACGCCGCCGCCAAGAAGGAUGAGAAAGCCGUAAACGCCGCCCGUCGCGCCGGUGCUGAGAUCGAAACCUUAAAGAAAUCGAAUGCUGGAACAAACAAAGCUGCUUCCAGCAGUACCAGUUUGAAUACCAGGAAGUUGGAUGACGAGACAGAAAAUCUCGCUCAUGAUCGUGUACCAACUGAGCUGAAGAAGGCAAUUAUGCAGGCCCGUACUGAGAAGAAACUCACCCAGUCUCAGCUUGCUCAAUUGAUCAAUGAGAAGCCACAAAUCAUUCAGGAGUAUGAAUCUGGGAAAGCCAUCCCAAAUCAACAAAUAAUCACCAAGCUUGAGAGAGCUCUUGGAACUAAGCUUCGAGGAAAAAAGUAGGAUGCCUCUGAUGAUGUAAGUGGUGAAUUUGGCUAUAAGAGCUUUGGCUUGGCAUGAGUGAGAUUAAUGACUUUGGUGAUCUGAGUAUGUAAUGUGAAUUAAUUUAGCUUGUUUGGCCCUUGUAUCUACCUCGAUCUAUAAUGAACACUCCUUAAAUUUUCGAGUUGUCGUUUUUGGGUAAUAUACUGCAUCAUUUUUCAUA